CCGGCCCCCUCCCCCUCGUCAUCCGGGUCCCGGCCGAGCGGGCGCCGAGCGCUUGUCCCGCGGCCGAGCUGCUAAUAAAGUUGCGGCGCGUGCACGGCGCAGCGACGGCUUGAGGAGAGCGCGCCCGGGCGGCGGGGAGGUGCCUGUGGAGGACAGAAGAGACCGCCUCGUCUUUUAGACCUGGAGUAGUUGCAGGUGUUUGUGAAUCCCCUGAUUUGGAUGUUGGGAUCCUCUUCAAGAACAACCUUGAGCCAUCUUUUACCUCUGAGCCAUCUCUCCCACCCCAAGAUGCCUAUAAAGAAUUUUGGGAAAAAAAUGGACUCUUACCAAUGAAAGAAGCAUAUGGCUCUCGUAAAGUUAAAUGUCGCUCCCCACCCUCCACGUGGAUCUUCUGCUUGAGACCUGCAUGUGACUUUCCACCUGUGCGCGACACUUUUCAUACCUGCUGACUUUGAUUACAGACAAGUCUCUGAAGAGUUGUAUCAAAUGACGUCAAUGGCCAGCUUGUUUUCUUUCACUAGUCCAGCCGUGAAGCGAUUGUUGGGCUGGAAACAAGGUGAUGAGGAAGAAAAAUGGGCAGAAAAGGCAGUCGAUGCUUUAGUGAAAAAGCUAAAGAAGAAGAAGGGUGCCAUGGAGGAACUGGAGAAAGCUCUGAGUAGCCCAGGACAGCCAAGCAAGUGUGUCACUAUCCCCAGGUCCUUGGAUGGACGCCUGCAGGUGUCUCACAGAAAAGGCUUACCCCAUGUCAUAUAUUGUCGUGUUUGGCGCUGGCCUGACUUGCAGAGCCAUCAUGAGCUAAAGCCAUUGGAUAUUUGUGAAUUUCCUUUUGGCUCUAAGCAAAAGGAAGUUUGUAUCAACCCGUACCACUAUAAGAGAGUGGAGAGUCCAGUCUUACCUCCAGUGUUAGUGCCUCGUCACAACGAAUUCAACCCACAGCACAGCCUUCUGGUUCAGUUCAGGAACCUGAGCCACAAUGAACCCCACAUGCCACAGAACGCCACGUUUCCAGAUUCUUUUCACCAGCCCAACAACACUCCUUUCCCCUUAUCUCCUAACAGUCCCUACCCCCCUUCCCCUGCCAGCAGCACAUACCCCAACUCCCCAGCAAGUUCUGGACCAGGAAGUCCAUUUCAGCUCCCAGCUGAUACUCCACCUCCUGCCUACAUGCCACCUGAUGAUCAGCUGGGUCAAGAUAACUCCCAGCCUAUGGACACAAGCAAUAACAUGAUCCCUCAGGUCAUGCCCAGCAUAUCCAGCAGAGAUGUUCAACCUGUUGCCUAUGAAGAGCCCAAACACUGGUGUUCAAUUGUCUACUAUGAGUUAAACAACCGUGUUGGGGAAGCUUUUCAUGCAUCUUCUACUAGCGUGUUAGUAGAUGGAUUCACAGACCCUUCAAAUAACAAAAGUAGAUUCUGCUUGGGAUUGUUGUCAAAUGUUAAUCGUAAUUCAACUAUUGAAAACACUAGGCGACAUAUUGGAAAAGGUGUUCAUCUGUACUACGUUGGUGGGGAGGUGUAUGCCGAGUGUCUUAGUGACAGCAGCAUCUUUGUUCAGAGUAGGAACUGCAACUUUCACCAUGGCUUCCAUCCCACCACUGUCUGUAAGAUUCCCAGCAGCUGCAGCCUCAAAAUCUUUAACAAUCAGGAGUUUGCUCAGCUUCUGGCUCAGUCCGUCAACCAUGGGUUUGAGGCUGUGUAUGAGCUCACCAAGAUGUGCACCAUUCGAAUGAGUUUUGUCAAGGGCUGGGGAGCAGAGUACCAUCGACAGGACGUUACCAGUACUCCAUGUUGGAUUGAGAUCCACCUCCAUGGGCCUCUGCAGUGGCUGGAUAAAGUCCUCACUCAGAUGGGCUCUCCACUGAAUCCCAUUUCUUCUGUUUCGUAGUGCAGAAGUAUUCUUUUCAACUCUAUUUUUAGUGGACUUGUUUUAAGUUUAGAGGAAUUUCCAGAUACUGUGAGCUGAUAUGGAAAAACAGAUAUUGUGGCUUAUUUUUUCUACUUAAUUGUGACCAACACAUUUGUAUUUUGUGAUGAAUUUACAUUUGUUUGUAUUCGUGUUCAUUGUGAUUUAACUUUCAGAAGUAUUGUAAACAAUGUAGAGUAUUGGGCCCCAUUGAGAGUUUAGCGUUGAUCUUAAACUGGAACAUGCUUUUUGCUUGUUGUCCCAACAGUUUUUAAUUUGUUAAUUUUUUGACAAAGUAGUGCAUCACAUAAUGAAAAUUUACCCUGUAAGAGGGCAUAUAUCGUGAAAAGUGCUACAUGAUACUCUUCUGGUAAUUUCUUUGUCCCACACCUUUGAAAAGGCAGAGUACAUUGUUUUGCAAAAACAUAUGGUAGGGGCUUAAAGGAAACUGUUGAAUCUCUUCUUUGAAGGACACUGCACUGCUAAUGUAGUGUUCAGUGAAAGCAAGGUGGUAGGUUUGUAGAUGUCAUACAUUUACAUUUAGUAUAGCUAAGCGUCUGUCAGUGUAUUGCGACUUCAUGCUGUAGAUCUUCUGUAAAGCAUUUUCUUCUUAAAAGUCUCUAGUAUAUGUCAUGUACUCACAUUUCCCAUAAGUUUUACUACCAGUUAGUUAUAAUGUGUGCACGGCCUUGUUCAGCUGUGUUUGCUGCUGUGGGCCAAUGUUUCAAGAACUCUAAUUUUACUGUGUAUUAAUCUUUACAUUUUGCACUUUUUUCUAAAUUUGAAAUACAACUUUAUUCUGAUUCUAAAUGAAAAGAAUGGGAAUGACAGUAACAAACAAGAUUUACCACUGAGUAUUGUGAUGUGACUGUAGCAGUCUUAUCUUUGAAAUUCAGGAAGGAAACAACUCUGUUCCAAACAGCUAAAUUCACUCCGAAGCCCAUUCAUCCCCUUCAGCAUCCCAAUGAAGUACACGAUCUGUUAGCUAAGGUGGCACACAGGCUGCACCGAUGACAUCACAGGACAGUUGCUAUCAAACUAGACUUCUGCUGCAGGCUCCAGCUUCACUCUCACAGGUCAUCAUCCUCAUCCGGGAGGGCAGUCAUCUGAGCAACCUCUAAAUCAUGAUCAUACUGCUGUGCUGCCAAAGCGGGGUCCAAGACCACCUCAGGUGGGGCCAGAUAGGCAAGUUAGGAUCUCCAGUGAGCUUUCUGGCAAGCCAGAGGAAAGGCUUUUCAAAGUUGUAGUUACUUUUGGUAGAGAUGUCAUAGUACUGGAGAUUCUUCUUUCGGUGGAAGACUAUAGAUUUUGCCUUCACGUUCCUGUCCUUAAUAUCCACCUUGUUGCCACACAAUACAAUGUGGAUGUUUUCACACACUCGUACCAGAUCUCUAUGCCAGUUAGGUACAUUCUUGUAAGUAACUCGUGGAUGUUACAGCAGACAUUAUAAUGGCACACUGGGCUUGGAUGUAGUAGCCAUCGUGCAGGCCCCCGAACUACUCCAGGCCGGCUGUCCCACAUGUUGAACUAGAUGGAUCCCCUGUUGGUAUGGAAGACGAGCAGGUGCACCUCCAUGCCCAGGGUGGCUACAUACUUCUGGAACUCACCUGUCAAGUGGCGCUUCACGAACGUCUUCCCGGUGCCGCCAUCGCCCAUCAGGAUGAGCUUGAGCGGACCUGCGGCUCUCCCUGGGUGGCCAUCACAGCAAUCCUGCUACAUUUUGCACUUUUAUGGGUGACAGUUUCUAAUGUAACCUCUGGUAAAACACAGUCAAGUGACCUGGUCUUAGAGCUUCCCUUUACCUCCUUGGCACUCCUUUGUAUCAACACUACCAUGUAGAGAUUACAGUUGUAGGCUGUGGUGCUUUUUCUAGCUUUUAAUUUUCAGUGUAGUUUAUAAAAUCGUUAUUCUAUAUCUUCAGCUAAGGUGCCUGUUAAUUUCUACAGUUUUAUGAGUGUUAUUAAUGUUGAAAGAUUAUGUACUUAAUACCAUUGUUCUUCUACCAGACUUCUCAUACAAGGACCUAUGCAAUAUAGCCAUCGGAAGCUCUUUGGCUGGGCCCUAAGAGUGAGACUGCUGGUGUGACAGUAAAUAAAUCGUCAGUGGGGGUUGGGAUAGCUCAUUCCCAGUGUCAUAUAACAACAAGUGUAGACUUGUCUCUCUUGGUGUCAGUGCUCUGUCUUUUUCUUUUUAUUCUUUUAGAACCUACGUGGAUGCUAGUCUUCAGAACACCGUCUUCUAAGAGAAAGGAUGUGAACACUUUUAGGACACCUGUUUAGUUCACUGUGCCUUUGGCCUUAGGACUUGUAACCAGUAACCACUUUCUAGGGAGCAGUCAAAUGGACAGUUAUAGCCUAAGAAUGAAGACAUUACUUUGAUAAAGAAAAAAAAAAAAGGCCUAAUUUGCCUAUUGGUGUGAGAAGCUUUAUUUUCUGGUGCCUUUUGAAAAUAUACAGAGCCACUCUGUUCUGCUGAAAUGUUACUUUGGUUUGACUUUUUACAGUGCCCAUCCUGCCUUUAUGAGUAAAACAGAGGGGUUUUUUUUUUGGGGGGGGCAGGGGAUAGGGGAUGAGAGGGUAGGAUUCCUUUUGUUUUCUGUGUUAUUAUUUAUUGCCUUUCAGAGUGCAGCCAUUUGGGUAGCCUUACUCCUUCCGAGGAAGUGCUUUGCUAGGCUUCAGUAGCUUGAGUUUUAAUUCCAUAGCAGGAGUGUGUCAACCACAUGAAAGAGAACUGUCUGCUUGACAGUGUAAUGCAGGAACUGCUAAUAAUUCCUUUCCUUAGCAAGCUCAUGGCUGAGUCUCUAAGAACAAGUUUGUAGGAGUGUGUCUUGAGUUGAAUGCAGGCUCAUGUCAGCGAGCUCUGCUGAAGUCUGAAAACAUGUGCCUUGCUUGCUUUGUUUCACAAGAGGGUUAUAUGUUCUCUAUGUGACAUUAUCCUGUCCCAGCCCUCAGGGUUGCAGAGUUCCAUGUGAUUUGCUUUCUGUGGAAUGGCAGGGCUGACACUGUUAGCUGUUCAGAGUGUCAUGGAGAAAUCCAAGCCUGUUAUGUGGUCUGUGAAUGAAAACUGUGCAGUCUAGCUGCUCAUGUCUGAGGAUAUCCAUAUGUCUGUAGGUAGGAAAAAAGUGCUUCUAAGAUGAAAGCAAAACAAAUGCAGAGUUCUGGCCCGCAAAGAACAGUGCCCAUAAAGAAGCCAUCUCAGAACACUGUGGCAUUAAUUUUGUAUUCCUGUAAGGCAUGGUUGCCAUUGCACCUAGAACAGCAGUGCUGGUUCAGUCUCUAUAUCUGAGACUCGUGUAGUUCAGGCUGGUUCUGAAUGUGCCAAGUUGCUGAGGCUGACCUUGAGAUCCCAUCCUCUAGUUUGUACCUCCCAAGUGCUCCCAGACAUCGUCAGCAUACCCAGGUUCUGUGGUACUGAGGAUUAGUCGGACUUUAUACUAGACAAGUGCCCUGCCAGCUGAGCGGCAGCCCUCGUUCAGCAUCACAGUGUUAGCAUCAAAAUUUGUUAGUAUAUGCCAAGUAGAAAGAUUGAUUCAUAAAUAGUAAAGACCACAUCAGUUUGAUAGAUCCUGCAAAUGGCAGAAUCAAAAUCUCAGUCACCAAUUACAGCAACAACAUAUUGGGUAGAAAAAGCAGGACCAGCUGGGCAUGGUGGCACAUGCCUGUGGGCCCAGCACUUGGGGAGGCAGAGGCAGGCGGAUCUCUAUGAGUUGAAGGCCAGCCUGGUCUACAGAGUGAGUCCAGGACAGUGAGGGCUACACAGAGAAACCCUGUCUCAAAAAAAAACAAAGUUAAUUUUUUUUUUUUUUUUUUUUUUUAAAGAAAAAGCAGGAUCAAGAGGUGCAUUUGACUAGUGCGUCUGCAGCAUCCCAUGAUGGCCUGGUUGGUGUUACUGAGUUGAAUUUAUGUUGUUGGCCUUCCAGAAUUGCUCCUUUGCUUUCAAGAAAACUGGAGGAAGAAGGCAGCUUUAAAAUGGCAAACAGCCGGGGUGGUAGUGUGCACACCUUUGCUCCCAGCACUGUGGAGGCGGAGGCAGGCAGAGCGCCGAGUGUGAGGCCAGCCUGCUCUACAGAGCGAGUUCUACAUAGAGACUCUGUCUGGGGGCGGGGAGGAAAGUAAAAGAGCAAACAAAUAGAACAGAAUAUGAAUUCUUUGUGUGUGUGUGUGUGUGUGUGUGUGUGUCAUGGUUGCUGGUAUAAGAAAAGGGGUUGUAGAAGUGGCUGAGUUGCUGAGGUGAAACUCGUGCUAAGAUUGCUGAAUACAACACUUGAAGCUACACUAAUGAUGCAGAUAGGAAAUGUGCCAUUUCUAUAGCAUGUGAAAGUUAGACACCCUCUGAGGAUGUAAAUGACAGUAACAUUGCAAUAUAAAAUACACUGUCAAAAGUAAAAAUUGUGGCUUACCUUACAUAGUCUCCCUAUUGUCCAAGAGGACCCAUGGGAAACAUGUUCUUCCCCCACCAGAAGUGCCCUUGGGAUGAGAGAGUUGAUAAAUCUUAACUGAUGCAGGACACAGCGCGUCACAGUGUUGCUUCCUGCUCAUGCUGCAGAGAGCACCAAGGUGCCUCAGGUCUGCAUCUUCUCAGGUUUUCUAGUCAUUUCCCGGGUAGGACUUGAACCAUUGUCACUGUUGUCUCCUUUUGCUUCCUGAAUAUGAAAGACUCAAAAGUUAUUCUCUUAUUUUUUUAAUUUGUUGUUGUUUUGAGACACAGUCUCUCUAUAUAGUCCUAGUUAACCUAGAAAUUACUGUGUACGCUAGCCUCAGACUUGAAGUAAUUCUCUUGCCUCUGCCUCUGAAGUUCUGGGAUUGCAGGCAUGUGCUUCUGGGUACAGUGACCUCUGACAAUUUUUAAAAUUCAGCCCCUGAUGAUGGUUUGCAUUUAGAUCUAUUAGUUUUGUCUGAAGCCUUCUUUGUCUUACCGAGUAACUCCUGCUAUCUGGAGUCUCAAUAAAAAUGUGUGUUCUCAAUAUAAACACAGAUAAAUAAGCUGGUAGCUUUUAUGUAGGUAACUGGUGGUUUCAGAAGUGGUUGGUGAUUUUGGGAAGUGGGGCAUUUUUCUAAGUGGUGGUUUAUAGGUGGCCUCAGAUAUUAGCUAGGGCUACUUUUUUGAAAGUUCUCUCUAGUUAGGUGGCUAUUUCCCUCACAGCAGUAAGAUUUUACCUUUGGAAGAUACUGGUUCUGAGUUUUUCUUGUUAAAAUGAUACAUGUUGGGAAGUGAAAAUUCAAGGCAUUUGUUGUACACUAACAGAAUUCUAGCUGAUGGACAGACAUUUGGACAGUUCUGUGGACCUGGCUGGAUUGCAAUGGAAUGUGUGUUGAUAACAAAACUAACAGUGUCAUCAGGCCUCUUGUCACUGGAUCGCUCAUUUCCCUGUGUGUCAGUGGUACAGCACUUACCUAGCAGGUAAAGCCCUGCGAUCAGCCCCCACACUGCACAGAAUGCCCAGGACACACCUGUACUGAACUGAAGUGACAACCUACAGCUGGAUGGUGUGUGGGAAGCGUGGAAAGGAAAUGCAGUGACGUGUUUAAAAAGUCAGACUACUUGUUAAACCAUUGAGUUGGUGACGGCUGCUGUUCGGUGUGUGCUGAGUCCUAGAGCAGACGCUGCCCUCAGGAGAGAGAGAGGUUGCUUUAUUCCUUGUCCACGUAACCUAGUUCUAAGUCAGCACAGUUACUGUUUAAGGUUUUGUGGGACGUUGUUCUUUCUAAAAAGUUGAGAAUUUUGUGGGCAGGUAGGACACCUGCGUGCCCCCACCGUAGGUCACGCCUUUCUUACUGUCAACUUAUGUCAGCCAUAACAACACUACAGUUAGGCCAGAGUCCUGAGUUCUUUUGAAAGAAGGCUGUCUAGAGUUGGCCAUGUUCUUUUGGUACCAUCGGUGAUACGGAUGCUUUGGCAUUCCCACAAAGGAGCCAAAGAGUAGGGAGUCUUAGGCACGGCAGCUGGGCAGUGCUACUCCUUAACAUGGCUGCUUAAACUUGAAGUUGUUUAAAUUUGGCUAAGAGAGUAAUCAUGGAGAGUGAAUACUUGUCUUCACCUGUCCACCUUCUCUGAGGAAGAUGCCUCACAUGUGGAUGGUGAAGAGCAGACAGAUGGCAGCACCGUAGGUCCGCUUAUGAGUAUGGCUCUGCUUCUGUUUGUGCUGUAGAAAACAGCCCGCAGCAUGCUUCAGCUCUGUUGCCUUUUGAUGCCUAUAAAAAUGUAUUAGGUUUUACUAUAUUGUGCUUCUCAAAGCCAUAACUCUUAAAAUUUUUUUUGCAUAUUGUUUGCUAAUACUUUGUUUUAAUAAACCUAAAAAUCUUA